AGUAGCUCACGCGGACUGUCUCUGGGAGUGCUGAGUCUCGGACCGGCUGCUGCUCUUCACCUCCACCUGAACACCGUCACAGUCCGCGGGCCGACCUGAUCACAGCACCGGGCUCUGGGCGGACACCUCCCCGGGACCAAGAGCUGCCUAGCUGACACCUCACAGCAGUAAAAUAAUAAUAAAAAGCACCGCAGAGAGCCGCGAUGGACCCGAGAGCCGCGGAAGCCCCCGAUGCUCCGGACUGCUGGGAGCAGGAGCUGGAGGCCCCGGGCCCCGACCCGGGCCCCGACCCGCAGCUCCAGGCCGCCUUCACGGCCCUCAACGUUAACGCCAAACCGUUCGUGCCCAACGUGAACGCUGCCGAGUUUGUUCCGUCUUUCACCGUCAGAACGAACUCGGAGCAGCUGGAUUCUGCCGUUGCUGUUGAAAAGAUUUCCACCAUGGAGGUGUCAGAAAACGCCGCUCCAGUGGAAAACGGCGACACCGAGAUGAGCCCAGAGGAGCCCUGGGACCAGAAGGAGGCGGAGUCAAACGAGGAGGAGCCGGGAGGCGGGACCUGUGGGGACCGGGGCCCGACGGAGGAGACGGCUCCAGAGAUGAUGGAGGAGGAGGAGGAGACGCCAGCGCCCAAAGUUCCUCCUACGCAGCCAGACGCCCCCAAGAAGGAGCACAUCAACGUUGUGUUCAUCGGACACGUAGAUGCUGGCAAGUCAACCAUUGGUGGACAGAUCAUGUAUCUAACAGGAAUGGUAGACAAGAGAACCUUAGAGAAGUAUGAAAGAGAAGCCAAGGAGAAGAACCGGGAAACCUGGUACCUGUCCUGGGCUCUGGACACCAACCAGGAGGAGAGGGACAAGGGGAAGACGGUGGAGGUGGGCCGAGCGUACUUUGAGACAGACAAGAAGCAUUUCACCAUCCUGGACGCUCCGGGACACAAGAGCUUCGUUCCCAACAUGAUCGGAGGAGCGUCUCAGGCCGACCUGGCCGUCCUGGUGAUCUCCGCCAGGAAAGGGGAGUUUGAGACGGGGUUUGAGAAAGGAGGACAGACCCGGGAGCACGCCAUGUUGGCCAAGACCGCAGGAGUCAAACACCUGAUCGUCCUGGUGAAUAAAAUGGACGACCCCACAGUCAACUGGAGCCUGGAGAGGUAUGAGGAGUGUAAGGAGAAGCUGGUGCCGUUCCUGAAGAAGGUUGGUUUCAACCCAAAGAAAGACAUUCACUUCAUGCCGUGCUCCGGACUGACAGGAGCCAACCUGAAGGAGCCCACAGACAUGUGCUCCUGGUACACAGGGUUGCCGUUCAUUCCUCACCUGGACAGUUUGCCCAGCUUCAACAGAUCUAGUGACGGCCCCGUCAGGUUGCCCAUCGUAGACAAAUACAAGGACAUGGGGACGGUGAUUCUGGGGAAACUGGAGUCAGGAUCCAUCAGUAAAGCUCAGCAGCUGGUCAUGAUGCCCAACAGGCAUGUGGUGGAGGUGCUGAGCCUGCUGUCUGAUGACGUGGAGACAGACGAUGCUGGACCAGGAGAGAACCUGAAGCUGAGGCUGAAGGGCAUCGAGGAGGAGGAGAUCCUCCCCGGCUUCAUCCUGUGCAACGCUGAGAACCUCUGCCACUCGGGACGCACCUUCGACGCCCAGAUCGUCAUCAUCGAACACAAAUCCAUCAUCUGUCCAGGUUACAACGCAGUCCUCCACAUUCACACCUGCAUCGAAGAAGUGCAGAUAACCGCCUUAAUCUGUCUGGUGGAUAAGAAGACAGGAGAUAAGAGUAAGACGCGGCCCAGGUUCGUCAAACAGGACCAGGUGUGCAUCGCCCGUCUGCGCACAGCGGGGACCAUCUGCCUGGAGACCUUCAAAGACUUCCCUCAGAUGGGACGCUUCACCUUACGGGACGAAGGGAAGACCAUCGCCAUCGGAAAGGUUCUGAAGCUGGUAGCGGAGCGGGACUGAAGAGGACUCUGGUCUCCCUGAUGAGACUCCUGGUGAAGAGGAGCAGGCGGAGUCUACACCGCCCUCACAGCGGUCUGCGGCGGCGGCACCUCCUCCCUGACGCGCCUCCUUCUUCUUUCUGCGUGCCGAAGAACAGCUUCAGAAAAAAAACUCAUGUGAAAAAGAACCCGUUUUUAAAGAUGAAGUCCACACGAGUCAGCUUUCUCAUAUUGAGAGCUCAGCUAUGCCAUUCCGGGUUAACCCCUUCCUCACCUCCUCCUCCUCCUCCUCCCCCUCCUCCUCCUCCUCCUCCUCUGGUCGACUCAUCACACAGUACAUGAUUUUUUUUUUCUUGCUUUCAUAAAUGACAAUGACAAAUGGCUGAAGUUAUUAUAUCUGUAAACAGAUGUGGACCAGGAUUUUUUUGCUUGGAGUUUAAAGGAUGAUUUUCACAAGUUAAAUUACAAAUGAAAAGAAUCAUUUGAAUGAACUUUAACCAGUUGAAACCAAAACGUUGAUCUGGGGGUCCAGCAUCGCCUCCUCGUCUCCUCCUGCUCCUGGUUUCUCUCUCCUGGCGUUCCGCCGCUCAGCUCGGCGUCUCAAAUGUUAUUAAAGACAACUAUGACAAUAAAAUGAUACAUUGGGCAA